AUGGCAUAUAACUCAACCGUUCAGUCUUCUGCCCAGCUCUCGGAGCAUCAUAAAAUCCCUUCCAUGCCAGGACACAGUUCCAGCCAAAACUCCGCCUUUUGUGGCCUUGAGCCUGCACAUCACCACGAACAAAGCCAACAUCAAACGGCUGAGCGCACUGUAGCCGACUCUGAUGCUGGCUCUGAUGUCUCGCUGUCUGACAAUGUUGCAUCAGAGGCUACCAACUCCACAGUUAUCACUCCUGAAGACUAUGAACGAAUAAGCCGCGAAUACGAAGAGGCUGUUAGAGAGACCCAUCAUAGUCAGAUGGGGUGUCACUCUGGUAAAGUAUCUGCUCUUUGGGUAUAUAUUCAGUUACACACUCUAACAGCCAUAGACGCCGUGUCUCAAGGUUCGCGGAAUGCUGCUCAGAUGCCACGAGAGACAAAUGGCGGUUCAAAUCUGGGGAAACGCAAGUUCAGCGCCAAACAUGAUGAAAGUCAGAGAAGCGACGCCGUGAGAAAACUCAAAGCGAGGCGUGAAGAAUCUGAAGAAGAAUCGAACCGAGCAAAUUCUGAAGGACAAGAAGCUCCAUCCACCUUUAUCGCUUCAAUCAGGACUUGGAGCAAGACAGCGGGAAAGAGACAUCCUAGUGAUGUCUACUUUCAAGUCAAAGGAUUCGCGGACGUCAAACGAGACGAAGGGGGCAAUAUAAAGAUCAAGGUCAAUUGGGUUCCAAUUUGGGUCCCUAUCCAAGACCUCAGGGGAGAGGAGUCAUACGACGCAGCCAGAGAAUUAGUUGUCGGAAAAUUUGGGGAAGAUGCGUGGACCAGCACAUCAGAUGGGUGGGAUGCUAUGGAACCGUAUGCCGAAGGCCGUAUUGACUAUGCCAAAGAGUAG